UCUGCGUCCCUGUGACAUCUCAAAAGGCUAUGUAGAAGGGUAGGGGGAAAGUGAGUUUAAAGCAAGCUAUUCAACUGCCACCUCUGCCACCUGAAUAUUGUCAGAGAAUAUAGGGACUCCAAGUGAGUAAUAAUGCAAGUCCAAGGUAGGACAGGUCAGAGAGAAGCUUUUUUUAAACUAUGAUUGUAUUGAAAGCACAUUCAGACAGCAACUCCCCCUAUACCCCUGUUCUUUGCCAAGUGACUGCAGAGACCUGACUAUGCUGUUUCAAAGAAAAGGAAGAGGUAAGGAGAAAAAAUCAUUCUAAUGCAAACAAAGCUAGGUCUACAUCCUUGGGAUGGAUGGACUCCAGAAGAUAACUUACAUGUUAACAAGGCAUGUACCCAUGCAUGGGGGAGAUGGCAGUUAACAAGGUACUUGAGGAGUUCACAAUUGUGACAAUAUGGAGAUGGCUCUUGGUGGAGCCUGUAAGAGUGGCACAUCCAGUAUGAUCUUAGCUGAGAAGUGGGGAUUGGAAACCAUCACAGACUGCUAGCUUUUAAUCAAAAAAGGCUGUUUUAGUUAUUGCAAACUUCUUAGCAAGACCUCUACUAUCUUGAAUAGUAAUAUUUUUGCUAUCAAAAUAUGUCACAUGGAAACCCUUUGGAAGACUACUGUAUAUUAGACUCACUACACAAGUAAACAAAAAUGUACAAUGCAGCAAGAAAAAUUUCUACAGUCUUUCCAUCACAAAAUGUUUGAUGUGCUUUUAUUAUUGUGAUCCGGUUGACUUCUAGAGAGUAAAGAAAGACAAGAGUCAUGAGACUAAAUUUUAUCAAGGUGGUUGCUGAUCAAUGGACUUUUGAACCAGAGCAGGAAGUAGAAAUAGAAAAAGGAAAAAGCUCAAGAAUUCUGAUCCUUGAGGGUGAUAUCAAUUACUUCUCACUUCUGAUGGGGUGUUUCGCAAGACUUCUGUGCGAGCUAUAAAUCUGGGUGAGUUGCAUCGUGUGACUGAAAGCAGCAGACUGGAGGAAGUGCCAACAACUCUCCACAUCUGAGAAGCUGGCAUUGAGGCUGUCAUCUGACAUCUACAGCAACAACUCCAAAUUACAGAAACACUGCUGAGAUGGGGAAAAUCAUCAUUUAUGAGCACGCCAACUUCCAGGGGCACUCCAAAGAACUCACCAGAGACGUUGCCAAUCUGACAGAUGUAGAUUGGAAUGACUGUAUCUCCUCAGUGAAAGUAAUUGGACAGCCUUGGGUGGCUUAUGAGCACAUUAACUAUACAGGCCGGUUACUGGUAUUUGAGGAGGGAGAGCAUAGCUUUGUUGGUAAAGAGAUGAAUGACAAGAUCACUUCCCUGAUGUUGAUUACUGAAAAUUUACACAAUCCACAGAUCACUAUCUAUGAACAUAACCAAUAUCAAGGGAAGAACAGGGUGAUAACAGAAGCUACCAAUUUGGAUAGGGGUAAUGACAAUGACAUGGCAUCUUCUCAUAAAGUGCAGCAAGGUGCCUGGCUGUUGUGUGAACAUAGUGAUGGAAGUGGUUUUUGCUACAUUGCACGAGAGCAUGAACACCUUCCAAGUUACAGAGCAAUCAAUUUCAAUGACAAGCUUUCAUUUCUGCGUCCCCUUCUCCCUGGAAAGCAUUGUCACUGAUGGAUUGCAAAUUCUGAAGUCCUAAGGGUAGGUGUAGCCCUAGCAAGAAAGAUGGGACCUAGAUCUCUCUGCUUUUUUUUUUUUUUUUUUUUAUUUCCCCUUUUGGCAUAGAAAUACUGAAUGGGAGAGGUCUCCUUUAUGCUAUGCUGCUGCUGUGUAUUUCUCAAUCCUGUGUGGCACUGUUCUCCUUCCCCAUGAUCCCAAUGAAUGUAAGAACUAUUGUGUUUAGUUACAUGAAAAAAACCUCAAUGAUAAGAGAUGAUCUUGUGGUGCGUAACCUGUAACUAGCAUUCCAAAGUACUACACCAUGUAACGUGAAAAUGUUGCAUGUUGCUUCUGUUGCUAUAUGCUAAGCACAUAUAUAGUGUAUAACCAGAACUGCUGACUUUAUAUUCUUCUUUACAAUGCUCUUGCUUCACAAUGACCUCUGCAUUUUUUUUCUAUUCCAUUUUGCGUUGUUACCAAUAAAGAAGAUA